AUGACUUUUCGCGCUGCCUUGUUUGCUCUAUCUUCAUCCUUUUUUGUUCUCACAUGCGUCAAUAUGCUGGCCCUUCAGGGUGCCUAUCUCUCCGUGUCACACAAGCCGUCCAAUAUGAUAAUGCCCGAGAUCAAGUUCAAGAUCUGGAGAGACGACGGAAAACAAGAGUAUGGGCUGUACUCCGACUCCGGGUGGGAUAGUCUCGUAUCCGCUCGAGAAAGGUUUAUUGUGACAAACUCCAGCUUACAAGUAUAUCAAAUCUCGCUGUAUCAUCAACAUCAGUGCCUCAACACCCUACGGCAGUCCCUUAUCGCCGCCAGUGAAGGGUGUUCUCCGCCUAACCGACCGCUGGUUGAAACUUGCCUGAACUAUCUACGUCAGGCGAUCCAGUGCAAUGCAGAUAUUGGGUUGGAGCCGGGUAGUGGGGUCAUUCCGCUGAACGGGAAAGAGAUAGUGGGUGCAUCAGGAACAGGGCUACCUCGCGUCUGCAAAGAUUGUGAACAGCUGUGGGAAUGGGUAGAGUCAAAUCAGUCAGAACCAAGGACGGAAAGUUAUAAGAAGUUGAAACUUGCACACGUCGAUAUCGUCAACUUCACUCCCUCCAAACUCAUGCGGGCUACACUCAUCAAAGUUGUCUUCAUGGCGAUGGCAAUGUUUGCAUAUGGGCUACCCACAGUCGCUGACGAAUCAUUAGGCGUGAAACCAAAGCGUGGAUGUGGCGAUUUGACUGAAAACUGUAUUCUCUUUGGAUUGAACAAAGAAGAUCCGGAUGCGGCCUAUGCCCAUUGA